CACACACCUAAAAUCCAUUCUACUAUAUUGCGUUUUUUGAUGAAAAUCGUGGUUGUUGUUUUGUAAUUGUGUGUGUGUGUGUCUAAGGUUUAACUGAUAAAUUUUGCUUGUAAUACAUACAGUUCCCAUUUUUCUAUCAUCCAUCCAUCCAUUCUCUACUAUUAAUAUAACUGAAAGUCUAGAUAAAUCAUCAUCAUCUUUGUGCUGCUGCUGGCUAGUCUAUUUUGAACACAACAUAGCACAGUGACUUGGUGACUAAAAAAAAAUUGUUUUAAUCCUCUUAUGAUAAUUGUCAACAACAUAUAAUAAAUCAAUUGGUAUCGGUUUUUUUUCAUAUCGAUCUCAUCAUCAUCAGUAUUCAUCUGGCAAUCAAUCAUUAAAGUCAAUCAUACGAUUCUUUGUCCAUCAUUAACUAAAAUUUUGAAUCCAGAAUAAAUAAAAAUGGCCAAAACUUGUGGUGCUAGUGUAAUCAAAUUGGCAUUAAUCAUCAUCAAUCUAGUGUUUCUGGUACUAGGUUGUGUGGUAAUCUAUGUUGGUUAUAAUCUAGUAGAUAUAAAUAUUCAAGCACCAGGAGCAUUCACAUUGGCUGAUAUAAAUUUCAAAUCAAUAUCAUGGGUAGUAUUAGCAACUGGUGUCAUUAUUGUAUUAAUUGCCGCAUUCGGUUUCUUUGGAUCAUGCUGUGAAAGUUCGGCAAUGUUGAAUUUGUAUGGAUUUUUAUUAAUCGCUUUGAUUGCUGCCCAAAUCUAUGUUGUCGUUCGUUCGAUAAAAUCCAAUGAUAACAUUGAAGAAAAAAUCAGAACUGGAAUCCUUGAUGCUAUUAAUAAGAUGAAUAACAACACCAAAACAAAGUUGGUUCUUCAAGAAAUUCAGUCAAAAUUAAAAUGCUGUGGUUGGAAUGGUGUAAGUGAUUAUAAGAAAGAAAUAUUGGCCAGUUGUUGUGAUCAAUGGAAAGAUGGAGAUGAUCCUGGUAAAUUGUGUGAUGGUAGUUCUUAUGAAGAUGGGUGUAAAUCGAAAUUCGAAUUUUUGACCAAAUAUCUUGGAAGCUCUACGGCAAUAGGUAUCGUGGCCAUUCUUAUACAAUUGGUGCUGAUAUUUGCUGCCUGUUGUUUGGCACGAGAUUUUUAAUGGACUAUUUGAUUAUUUGAUCAUCGAUGAACAUCAAAUCCAAUAUAACCCUUUCGUUUGUCUUUUUUUCUCAUCAAUAAUUUUGUUAAGAAUAAUAAUUCAUCAACCAUUGCUA